AUGCUUUGGAUCGGUGUUGAGGUGAGAGAAGCGAGCGCCUAUCACCACGGCGCAGCGCUCGGCCGUACCGCCAUGAAGGGAGUUUUUGGGGAGAGCCUGGAGCUCCUGAGGGCGGCCAUGAACUUCACGUACUCGGUGGUUACGCCAACGGACGGGCACUACGGCAAGUAGCUCAGCUCUGGUAACUGGUCCGGACUUGUGGGGGACUUGACGAGCGGUCGGGCGGACAUCGCUGUCUCUUAUUUGUCUAGGACCAAACCUAGGGACCGAGUGGUCGACUUCUCUCCUACCAUUGUCAACUUCAGGUACAGAAUAUUCGCUCAGAUACCCAGCGGAACAACGAAACUCUGGGCGGCGUUCUUGCGCUCGUUUGAUACUUCGCUGUGGUGGACAUAUCCUACAAUGCCAAAACACGCCAUCCUUCGCUGGCUGUUCCUGCUGAUCUACGUCCUGGAGAUGCUGUUGCUGGUGUCCUACUCUGCAACACUCACGCCCCUCCUGGCGGUCGCCGACACGUGUCUGUCCUUCAACUCCCUCGAGUCUCUCGCCGACAACGGCAAAUACAGACUUGAUGUCCUCACAGGAUCAAACAAUCAUGGACUCAUAAAUUGUAGCGAGCAGAAGUAUAUCCGUAGAACCAGGAGUAUCGGGGACAGUGGCAACAAAAGGCAGUUCUAUGGGUACAGAGGGCAAAUCAGCGGCCACCGAUCGCAGUUCAGUCGCAACCAAGGGCAGUUCAGUGGCAAGCGAAGUCAGUUCAGUUUCCUGCGAGGGCAGUUCAUUGGCCACCGAGGGCAGUUCAGUGGCCACCGCGGUCAGCUCAGCGGUCACCGCUGGCCAAGUUGA